UUUAAGUGCAGUUCGAAUGAUUGAUCAUAUUUUCGUAGUAUCACCCGAUAUAUUAUACAGAAUCUCCUAGUGGUGUGUUAGCGACGAUCCAAAUGUCUAUACCGUGUUACACUGUGUGUCACUUAUUAAAAUGAACUUUAAUCGAAAGAUCGGAAGGAGACAGUUUUAAACACAUGUAUCAUUUGACAGUUCAUUCAAUUAUUUUCUUGAUCUUUCAAUACGCUAGAUUUGCAGGAAUUUUCAUUCCUUUUUCCACUAAUUUUUACUUACAAUAAUACAUUUUUGUUGUUUCAUCUCGAUUCGUGUCAUUGUAGACGUUGCAAAUUAAAUUCAACAAAUAAAUUUUAAGAUCCAUCUCUAGUCUUCGUUGAAAGAGACCUUAUUUUUAUUUUUUAAGUAAAAAGUAUGUUUUAUUGUCAUUUUUUCAAAAAGUUAUGCUUUCAUCACUAAUACAACAAACGCGUGUGAAUCCAAUUUCAAAAAUUGAAUCUAAAUAUUUGUUGAGCAAUUUCAUGAGAGACUUUGAAGAAAUCCAUAUGGUGAACGAAGAGAAUGGAGGUAAUAAACAUAGUAGAGUUUGAUAACACCGGAACUGUUCAGAAUACAAAAACUGAGAAAUAUAUUUCAGGACAAGGCGAUGAAUUAUCAAUAACCAAGUCAGAACUUCAACCGUUAAAUAAGCGGGACGAUGAUGAUGAUAUCGUUUACGAAGGAACCACAAAUUUGGUACGAGUGCCACGCUCGAAGGAAACGGGAUUAUCCUUUGAAACCUCCUCGAUUAAAAUCCACGUAGACGGUAUGAGAUGUCAAAGUUGUGUUAAAAAUAUCGAGGGGACCAUUGGAAGUCGUUCGGGUGUUGUAAAUAUUAAAGUAGAUUUAAAUGAAAAACUUGCUAACGUUGAAUAUAAGACUGAAGAAAUGAUACCAAUGGAAUUGGUGGAAGCUAUUGAGGAUAUGGGGUUUACUGCCUUCCUAGUAUCCGACGAAAAUGAUAAGAAUAAAAAUGAUAAGAAGUCAGUAGUUACAACUUGUUUUAUACAUGUCAGUGGUAUGACGUGUAUGUCCUGCGUUAAAUCCAUCAAAAGUACUUUGUCAGAUAAACCAGGCGUGAAGGAAGUAGAUGUUAGUCUAGAGAAAAAGGAAGCUAAAGUUUCUUACAUCAUGGACGAUAUAACUCCUGAACAAAUAGCAACGUUUAUUGAAGAGUCUGGUUUCGAUGCUUCCGUCAAAAAUGAAAAUAAUUUUGUUAACGUGACAAUGGAAAGUAAAAAAACAAAUGGGGAAAUCAAUAUGAAAUUAAACGGAAGCGGAGAUGUUAAUACCAUAGCACGUACUACCAAAUGUUUUCUACAUGUAACGGGUAUGACUUGUGCAUCGUGCGUUUCUGCGAUAGAGAAACAUUGUAAAAAAAUAUACGGUGUACAUAGUAUAUUGGUAGCUUUAAUGGCUGCCAAAGCAGAAGUAGUCUUUGAUCCGGAUAAAAUAAAAGCCGUUGAUAUUGCUUCCAGUAUCACUGAGUUAGGAUUUCAAGCAACUGUGAUCGAUGAACCUGGAACUGGCGAAGGAGAAGUUGAAUUAAAAAUCUCAGGGAUGACAUGUGCUUCCUGCGUUAAUAAAAUAGAAUCGACUGUAAAAAAGUUACCUGGUAUACACUCGGCAUCCGUCGCAUUAGCGACACAACGUGGAAAAUUUAAAUACGAUGCCGAGAUCAUGGGUAUUCGAGAUAUUGUCGAUAGUAUUAAUAAAUUAGGAUUUACAGCUACUUUGUUUAGUAAUAAAGAUAAAGAGAACAGAGAUUACUUAGAUCAGAAAGAGGAAAUAAAAAAGUGGCGAUCAGCUUUUCUAAUAUCUCUGAUCUUUGGAGUACCCAGCAUGUUAAUAAUGACUUAUUUUAUGUUAAUAAUGUAUGUGGAUGAUAAGUCGCAUGAAGCUAUGUGUUGCAUAUUGCCUGGUUUAUCUUGGGAAAAUUUAUUACUUUUCAUUUUUUCUACGCCAGUUCAGUUCUUUGGUGGAUGGCAUUUUUAUGUUCAAGCUUAUAAAGCUUUAAAGCAUGGCACUACCAACAUGGAUGUUCUUAUUUCCAUGACUACAACAAUAUCCUAUCUUUAUUCUAUCGCCGUACUUACAGCAGCUAUGAUAAUGCAAGAAAAUAAAAGUCCUCAAACUUUCUUUGAUACUCCUCCAAUGCUGUUAGUGUUCAUUAGUUUAGGCAGAUGGCUCGAAUACGUUGCUAAGGGAAAAACAUCAGAAGCUCUUUCCAAGUUACUUUCUUUAAAAGCAACUGAUGCAGUUCUGGUAACGUUAGGUCCAAACAAUGAAAUAUUGUCGGAACGUUUAAUAAAUAUUGAUUUAGUUCAACGUGGUGAUAUAUUAAAAGUUGUACCAGGUGUUAAAGUACCUGUCGAUGGUAGAAUCUUAUCAGGUCAAUCAACCUGCGACGAAAGUUUGAUAACGGGUGAAAGUAUGCCAGUGCCAAAAAAGAAAGGAUCUAUGGUUAUCGGUGGUUCGAUUAAUCAAAAUGGACCGUUAUUAAUUACUGCAACUCAUACGGGAGAGCACACUACUUUAGCACAAAUCGUUCGAUUGGUUGAAGAAGCACAAACGAAUAAGGCGCCGAUUCAACAUUUGGCUGAUAAAAUAGCUGGUUAUUUUAUACCUCUCGUUAUAGUUGUCUCAGUUAUAACAUUAAUUACGUGGAUAAUAGUAGGAUACAUCAGCGUAGAUAAAUUACCUCUGACGCACAAUGAUCAGAUGCAUAAAGAGUAUACGAAAAGAGAAGAGAUUAUAUUCCAAUAUGCUUUUCGAAGUGCUUUGUCUGUACUGGCGAUAGCUUGUCCUUGCGCGUUAGGUUUAGCUACGCCAACAGCCGUCAUGGUUGGAACAGGUGUUGGCGCAUUGAAUGGUAUUUUGAUAAAGGGUGCUGAAUCUUUAGAAAAUGCGCAUAAAGUCAAAUGCAUUGUAUUUGAUAAAACUGGCACAUUGACGCACGGUGUACCUAUGGUAACUAAAAUAGCUCUGUUUGUAGAUGAAAAAAUAUGUUCCAUAACAAAGUUAUUAGUAACAAUCGGUACGGCUGAAAUCAAUAGUGAACACCCGAUUGCAUCAGCAAUCGUUCGUUUCGUGAAGGAAACUACGGGUACGGAAUCUACCGGACAGUGUACUAAUUUUCAAACGGUUGCUGGCUGUGGCCUAAAAUGUAAAGUAUCGCAUUUUAAUGCAGUAAUAUCCGAUGCUCUGAAAUCUGAAAAAAUAAUCAAUUAUAUGAACCAAACAAAGAAAGUAUCUUCUGGAACUUUUAAUCUGAACAAUGUGCCAAUAGAUAUUGUACCUUUUGUUAUUGCCACACAAGAGAAACAAAACUUAGAUCUGCAAUUAUUAUUAACUCCUGAAGGUAAUAGUGAUCAAAUAGUCUCGAACGAGACAUAUGAGAUUUGUAUUGGUAAUAGAGAAUGGAUGAGGAGAAAUGCCAUUAGUAUACCUCAAGAAGUUGAAGCACAAAUGAUGGCCGAAGAGGAUCUUGGUCACACUGCUGUCUUAGUUGCUAUGAAUAAUAUUUUAGUUGCUAUGAUCAGCGUCGCUGAUACAGUUAAACCCGAAGCACAUCUUGCUAUUUAUACGUUGAAGAAAAUGGGCUUACAAGUAAUCCUUUUAACGGGAGAUAACAGAAAGACAGCGGCUUCAAUUGCUAGACAGGUUGGUAUUACCCGAGUUUUUGCUGAGGUUUUACCAUCGCAUAAAGUUGCGAAAAUUCAACGAUUGCAAGAUCAAGGCUUUAGAGUUGCGAUGGUAGGAGAUGGUGUUAAUGAUAGUCCGGCACUUGCACAAGCAGAUAUUGGAAUUGCAAUUUCUUCGGGAACUGAUGUUGCUGUGGAAGCAGCAGAUGUCGUAUUAAUGAGGAAUGACCUUUUGGAUGUAAUCGCGUGUCUGGACUUAUCUCGAAGAACCGUACGCAGGAUAAGACUUAACUUUUUAUUUGCUAGCAUAUAUAAUCUUUUGGGAAUUCCAAUAGCUGCCGGUAUAUUCAGUCCAUUUGGUUUCUUUUUAUUACCAUGGAUGUCAUCCGCGGCGAUGGCACUUAGUUCAGUGUCUGUGGUCGGAAGCUCUUUAUUAUUAAAAUUAUACAAAAAACCUACAAAAGUGUCAUUAGAAACACCAGAAUACUUAGCAGCAAUGCAGGCACACUCGACAGCCAGAAUGAUUGAUCUCGAUACAAUAUCUAUUCAUCGUGGAUUGGAUGAAUCAGUAAUGCCUGUACUAAAUAGAACAACAUCAUCUCUCUCAAGGCUUUUUGGAAGGACAAGAAAUGAAAUUGAAGGCAGACUACUUGGUGAAGAUAUGGAUGAUACUGAUUUAGCUAUCGAUUUUCUUGAUUAUCGAAAAAGCAAAAAGGAUCUUACAAAUAUAACACCUUUAUAAAAACUAUGAUGAUGUAAGUUUAAAAGUCACUGUUAUUAUUAUUAGUAUUAUUAUUAAUUUUAUCUUCAUUUAAUUAAUCUGUCCAUGUACAUUAUUACCGAUCGUCGUUUUGUACCCGUAAUUAAUCGUACUAUUAAUUUGACAUUUAAGUUUCUAUACGAUAGUUUUACACACAUUAUGCGUUUCAUUAUUUGAUAUAUUAUUAAAAUAAUAAAUUAAAAGCACGUCGUUAACUUAAUAUAAAAAUUCAUUUAUCAUUUACCUACAAAAUUUUUAAAAUUAUUAUCUAACUUUUACUACUCAGCAAUUCUUUUUACUAAAGCAAAUAUUUUUGUGACCUUAUAUACACAGACUCUGUUAUAUAUUCUUUUCAUUGUCAUAAGCGCACAUACAUUCUAUGUAUGUAGUGUUGCUAAACUGCUUUUAAAUUAAUUUUCGAUUGAUGUGAGUCCAGGAAUAUUUUAGUUUUGUUCAAAUUUCUACGACUCUGUAUGGAGUUACAACUUAUGCUUUGAAAACCCUGAUUUAAUCUACAAGUUAUUAAAAGGUUAUUCUUUUGUAAAUAUCCCUUACAAAAGUUUCAAGUUGUACUUAGCAUAUAGCAUUACAUGAAUAAUUUAUUUAAAACAAUUUAUGUAACAAAACAGCUAUGUGUGUAAGUUAAAGAUAUAAUAUUUGAUCAUAAAAAUUAUUUAACUUUUUUUACGUUUUAAUAGACAAUAAUUUAAU